CUGGAACGGAUGUUCUCGAAUAGCAAACACGCUCAUUUGUGAUCAAAUGAGUUCAGUACUUCAAAGAGCUUGUUUGAAACACUGGUUCACGUGAACUGACGCAUUUUGCGUUUUGCUGAGUCUUCUCAACCUUGUUCCUAUCCAAUGACAGUCCUUCUCAUCCGCUUCAGGCGCACACAAUGAUGAUCAUCACACCAAUUUUUCUCUGCCUUUGCAUUGCAGUCGGCGCCAACGCCGAUGCCAAGGUAGACGAGUCCAAUAGGUACAUGGACAAGUUACUGGAGGUGACUUUCCCUCAAAGAGGUGGAGUUUUAGGCUGGGCGCGUGUGGAAGGCUUCAAGUUGAAGGUUACCAAAAGGUCCAAGGGCGGAACGGGCAAGAUAAGCAUCGGCAAACGAGAAGUACUCUCAAAGGAAGGGCGACUCCAUUAUGACGAUCAUUUGAGCAAGCGAUCUAGCAAGGCUCGACAUUUAAGAGAGGUAAAGGUAACUGUAGACAAUGGUACAGUGAGUGGCCUUCACGGACUCAGCAGGGUUGGCGACUGUUCGGCACCUUCCUGGCAACUGGGGAGCGUUGUUCUCUCCUGUUACGCAUCGCUAAACGGCAUCACAGCAAACUAUGAGGGAACGCUCAAGAGCGAGACGUCCGGGGUUCGGUCCAUGGAGCGCGGCGAACUCAGUUUUGAAGCAGUGAUCGAGAACGGCAAGGCUUUUAUCGAAGUAUCGGGCACGCCUGGCCAACCACCAACGCUGGCUUCGUGGAGUGUCAUGCCUUUUGAUGUAGACCUCAAGUUCACAGGAUCAUCUUUCAGCCUGGACUCCGAUUUGUGGAGCAUGCUACGGAGUCAGUUGAAAAAAGCGAUCAAAGAAAAGUUCGAGCAGUUUCUGUACGGUCAACUAAGGCGUGGUAUCGAAGUCGCUGUCACAGUGGAUCCUCUUCCGAUGCCGUAGAGAUGCCUGUACAGAAACCGGUUGGUCACAUCAAGCCUCGCAGCGUAAAGGCCUGCAAAUAAGAGAACCGCUGCUAAAUAAAAGCCGCUAACUAUAA